CAAUCCCAGCUCUGUUCCGAAUGCUUCUUCCUUAUUUUCAUCACCCAUAUUGACGGGUACUGAAUUUCGGAUCCUAUUUAGGCUCCUUCCAUAACCUGCAACCACCUGGGCAUUGGCUGGAUAAACUUCUUCAAUAACUCAGCGUCGCUUGACAAGAUUGUGAAGCACCGAGUUACAAGGCGGAAAAUCUAGCAGCUGCCUGCCGCUGCCUGCUGCCUGCACCCUCGACGGCUAUCUCCUAUUCAAGUCUCACGCUUGGCCGUCUGCUCGCCCACCACCGGUUCUUUCUUCUCACCUAUCUGCUUCUGUCCAGGUGACCCCUGAUCAGCACCAGGCGUCAAAAUGGGGGCUCAGCCGCCUGCGAACGCGCAGGCUGGCAGCGCCGGUGACAUGUCCACAUUUGGCGGGCAGGCAUCCGACCUGAUUGCGUCGGUGGGAUCGAAGCGGCCACGGACAGAGUGCGGCUCUACGGGGAAGACGCCACUGGGCGGCACGGACGGUAGCCAGGACGGCAGCUCCGCGCUGGGUGCUGUGGGCGAUGACAACGAUGAGGGGUGGAUGACUAUCAUCAACGGCCGCCCAAGUAAACGCCGCAAGAAGGCGCCCAAGAAGGGUUCUGGGAGCUACCCCAGCAUCUCCUUUUCCGCGCAAGCCCGCCUACAGAGCAAAAUCCAGGUCACCGACCUCCGCAGCCUGAUUCUCUAUCUUUUCACCGACGGCGCCGCUCCUCAGUGGAUUGCCGUCUCUCAUCGGCCUCAGUUCAGGAAGAUGGUUGUGAUCAUGGUGCCUGGGCUAGAGGAGGCCAUGUUCAAGCUGGAUGUCGACUUUGCCAACUUCGAAGAGUGUCGCCUGACGUCUGGGGCUGUGCAGACAUCGCCCGAUGAUUACUACCCGAGAAAACUGGAAGCGGUGCAACUACCCGAGGCUGUCAGGCCGUUUGCUAGUAUAUUCCAGCACCUCUGGCCAGUCAGAGCAACUGCCGACGAGAGAGGCUCCGUGCCCAGGAUGCACUCGCCAGUGACGACCAUGCUGAUGGUACCCCUCCCCAAAUCCAAAGAAAAGGGCCCCCGCCUCGUGCAGGACAAGCCGGGGUGGAAGGACGUGCGCACUCGCAUAUCAGAAUUCGUCUCAACCCCCCAGGAGUACAUCGAACACAAGUUCUCGCUGCACCCAGCCAUGCUCUCGGACGAGGAGAGCCGCCGGGCCUUCGUGGACCCCGACGGCUGGGUGCAUACUACGGUUAACAAGCUGCAGGACGGCGACGUUCCCGAGGCUGAGAUCGAGCAGGGAAGCAUCACGGCCGGCCGCGAGAUUUUCGCCAUCGACUGCGAGAUGUGCCGCACGGGACCAACAAACAACGACCUGUCCCUCACCCGCAUCACGGUUCUCGCUUGGGACGGCGAGGUCGUUAUGGACGAGCUCGUCAAGCCGGAUCUUCCCAUCCUCGACUACCUCACCCGCUUCUCCGGUAUCACCGAGGAGAUGCUCGAGCCAGUGACAACCACGCUGGCCGACAUCCAGAAGCGCAUGCUCGAGCUCCUGCACCCCCGCGCGAUACUCGUGGGGCACUCGUUGGAUUCGGACCUCAAGGCCCUGCAGCUGGCGCACCCGUUCGUGGUCGACACGUCGAUUCUCUUCCCCAACCCCAGCGCCCCCAACGGGAAGCACUCGCUCAAGCACCUAGCCUCGAAGUUCCUGAACCGACAAGUGCAGAUGAACGAGGGCUCCAGCAAGGGACACGACAGCCACGAAGACGCGCUCACGGCGCUGGAUCUCGUCAAGAAGAAGUGCGAGAAGGGCAGGGAGUGGGGCAUAGGAGGCGAAACCAAGGAGACGUUGUUCAGGCGGCUCCGUCGCUCCGGCACCGCCUACCGAGCCCAAGCCGGCCCUAGUGCGACGGGAGGGGUCGCUUCCGGAAAGUCAACAGCCGCCGUCGACUGGGGCGACGCCGGCUGGUCCCAGUACAACGAUGCCGACAUAUUCAUACCUUGCAAGUCGGACGCGUCUGUUGAGGCUGGCAUCGUGCGCGCCGUCCAGGGCGACGCCGACGGGAAGGAGAUACGGGCGGGCGGUGUGGACUUUGUGUGGGCGCGCAUGCGGGAGCUCGAGGCUCUCAGGGGCUGGUGGAACAACACCAGGGCGGGAAGCAACGAGGCCAACAGGCCUCCUUCGGCGCAUGAACUCGAGAAACGUCUGGGUUUCCACGGCGAGGACGGGGCAGGCGACCAGCGUCCUGUGCUCGAGGUCGCCGUGGCGAGCCUGGCCCAGCGUAUCACCCGCAUCCACGAGGCGCUCCCGCCCUGCACGGCUCUCAUGCUCUUCAGCGGCUCCGGAGACCCCCGGGAGAUGGAGCGGCUCCGGACCCAGCAAGCUCGUUUCAAGGCCGAGUACAACACCCCAGGCAUGAAGUGGGAUCAACUCUCGGUUAAGUGGACGGAUGAAGAAGAUCAGGCUCUUCGGAAGGCCAUUCGGGACGCAAGGAAUGGCAUAGGUUUCAUCGCGGUCAAGUAAUGCCAACACAAACUUAUUGGUGCUACCGCUUCUGUUGCCUUCCUGGAUGUGGGGUUAGAGGGCGAUAAACCAAGGCAGCCUGCAGAUAGAUUCUCCUGCGACUUCCUUCUCGGCCCCAAGGGCCAUUAGGCCCGAGGUAUGGCGACACAGGCCUAUCUGGGCAGGAUCCAGUCAUCAAAUGAUCACAACCCCUCACACAUCCUCCAGCACCCGAACGCCACACAAUUGUCCCUUGGUAUAAAAAGCCCCCAAAUGAGAACAAAAAAACAGGAAUACAACGGGGGCAUGCCAAAAGGAAGCAACAUUGCAUGAGGAAAUAAGACACCGAACGCCAACCGCAAAAUGAAGAUGCCCCAGGUGAAGUGUAGUCGACUUGUCUCCUGGUUCCACAAGGCUUAGCCCGUUGAGUUACGCAUCAGCUGGCUCCGCAACCCUCUUCCGGGGUGCGACAUAUGUAUCCGGGUCAAACCCAUAUAUCGGUCGACCAAUCCGCCGGAGGGAGAAGAUGACCUGAAUCACAGCGUUAGCUUGCCAAAGGGCGGGAAGGUCACAAAUAGGCUAGAUAUGUGAAAAUACUCACGUCAUGUACAGUGACCGUCUUUGCCCGCCGGUGUUCGCAGUAAGCGACACAGUCCUUGAGAACCUGGUGGGGAGUUGCGCGUUGGUCAUUCGAAACCCUAUUUGCCAACAUCGGGGCGGGAUUCUUACCUGCUCAAGGUAUGCCUUCAAGGCGGCGCGGGCGUCAUCAUAGACGACAGCCGAAAUGCGCUUCACACCACCGCG